AUGACAGUUAUCUCUGAUUGGAUUAAAACAGAGCUGCACGGAUUAGGAAAUAUGAACGUCGGUAGAAGUGCGGAAAUGACUGAUUCCAAAAUAGGAAAAUCAAAGAAUAAAAACUCUUUUAAGGUUUUCUGUAAAAGAUGGGUUGAUGAACUGCCAGAUAUCACUUUGGCCGUCAAAAGUUUGAAAUGGAUUAAAACUUUCGCGUUGCAUCAGAAUGUGGGCGUGGAGUGUAAGGGGCAGGUUUAAUUUCAGAGCUCUCACCCCACCGUCAAAAUCUUAUGUUCUAGAUUUGAAAUCUUCAAACUGUAGGUCUUCUGGGGAUAUGAAAUAUCGUAUCAAGAAUCGAUCACCUGUCUGUGUUUACAAUUUUGUUUCGUUUUCCUUCAAUCCAAGUGGUAGGCCGCUGACGGGAACAGACUGUGCUAUUUUGGAGAACCGAGUUACAACAAACAAAUUAGUCCAUCGAAAACUUUGUAAUAUAAUCAUUUUCUCGAGAUCGUGGGAUGUAUAGAAACUGGCACAUUAAAUGAGAUGGAAAAAUUCAUCGAUCAGAGACUUUGACCUUAAUACUCUAGUCGCAAGCUCGAGCACUGAGUUAGUCACUUAAACGAGAGGGAGGGGCUUGUUGUGUUCCCCAAAGCUGUAAAUCAGAAGAACUAAGAAAUUCAAAAAUAUUAGCUGUCAGAUCUUCUGUCUUUAUAUGAGGUCUAAAUAAGUACAUGCCGUGUUCCUUAAAAAAUAAGGAACAAAAUAAAAAGUCUUCGACCGAGAUGAAUUGCUUUUCAGGAGAUGAAAUUUUAGCAAUUUUCAACUAUGUUACAAGAAAAAAAGUAAUAUUUGCCUUUUGUUAGGUAUAAGAACGUACAAAUGCCGAUUGCAACAGCCUACGAUGAAAAGAAGAGUGGCAUACCUUUUACAGUUAGAGUGA